AUUUUUUCUUUAUCUUUUUCAUUUUCACCAAAUCGAUUGCUUCUUCUUCUUCUUCUUCUCCUUCAUCACCCCUUUUUCUUUCUGCUCACUGCCAGUGCCACCUGCCGGCGGCCGCCAACACUUCUGACCCUAGCUACACCUCCACCCGCCACGCUCCUCCUCUCCUCCCCAUGGAAAGCAGGAAGUCAGCACUCUUCCGCCCACCCACUCAAAACUAGAUUCCGCUCCCCAAGACCGCCCGCAAUCCUCCUGUUUUGCACGAGCUUAAAUUGUGAGCCCUAAUUGCUUUUUUUUUUUAUUGAAAUAUUGCAUAAAGCCCCCGACUUCCUUACUUGAAAAACAGAAGGGAAAUGGUAGUCCUUACCUCUGUAGCCAAAUCGUUUAAGAAUUUAAAGAUUCAGAGUUCUAGUACACAUCUGUUCAGAUUCCGGAGCAUUCGAACCCUUCUGCUGCAGUCAGCUUCUGAGUCUGUGAAAUUGCAGCAACUCACUGAUUCUGAUUCUGGAAUUUUGGAGGUUAAUUUGGAAAGGCCUGCAACAAAAAAUGCUAUUGGAAAGGAUAUGCUGAGUGGCUUGCAGUAUGCAUUUGAAGCUGUUAAUAAAGAUGCUGCAGCAAAAGUUCUGAUGAUCUGCAGUUCAGUUCCAAAGGUGUUCUGUGCAGGUGCUGAUUUGAAGGAAAGGAAGACAAUGAGUCCAUCUGACGUUCAGAAUUUUGUGCACUCACUACGCUCCACGUUCUCCUAUUUGGAGGAACUUUAUAUUCCUACAAUAGCGGUGAUUGAAGGUGCUGCAUUGGGGGGUGGGCUUGAAAUGGCAUUAUCUUGUGAUCUUCGGAUAUGUGGGGAAAAUGCAGUGCUAGGAUUACCAGAAACAGGACUGGCAAUUAUACCUGGGGCUGGGGGAACACAAAGGCUUCCUAGAUUGGUCGGAAAAUCAAAGGCUAAGGAACUUAUAUUUACUGGUCAAAAGAUUGGUGGCAGAGAUGCCAUGUCAAUGGGACUUGUUAAUUACUGUGUCGCUGCCGGUGAGGCUCGCGCAAAAGCUCUUGAAAUUGCUCGGGAUAUAAAUCAGAAGGGGCCAUUGGCGAUACGAAUGGCAAAACGAGCCAUUGAUGGUGGAGUGGAGUUAGACAUGGCAUCAGCAUUAGCAUUGGAGGAAGACUGCUACGAACAGCUCUUGCACACCAAGGAUAGGUUGGAAGGCCUGGCAGCUUUUGCUGAGAGGCGAAAGCCUAAUUACACAGGCCAGUGAAACGCUGCACGUUGCAGCUCAGUUAAUAAAGCUAUGAAAACUCUAGGUUUAAUUGAUCAAACACUGAAAAUUGAACAUUGAAAACGCAUAAAUAUCUUAUUCCUAGAACUUCUGCUGCUUUA